UUGAAGAUGGCCGCUUAAAGUAUCUCGUAAACAUGUGUUCUCUAAAAAUGUACCCGUCUGAGAUAGACAACCUCGCCUCUGCGAAAUCGAUAGGAAUUGACACUGCAAUCGGUAUAGAUUAUUUAGGGUGUAGAACAAGAUCCGCUUUGCCCACGUACGAUUACAAUUGGGUGGAAAAUCCGAAAGGCUAUUGCAUCGCCUGCGAGGACUCUUCUAUAUCACAUCAUAGCAGAGCGAAGCGUCAGCUGAGCUGUUUUGGUAUCGGCCAAACCAUAUGCUGGAUGGAAUCUAUUAAGUAUGGCGAUUAUGAGCAAAACAGCAUCAUACGAUUGUCCAUUAGACAGUAAGAAGCUUGAUAGCUUAGAUAACAUGAAUAUUUCAGAUUCCAUUCAGAUCACCAAACAGAUUAAUAGCUCAACAAUGUCGAGCUCACCCAAAAGUACACGUAGGAAAAGAAAACCGAAGGCGCGCAAAAAGAAGAGAACUAAAGGAAAAUACAUGACCAAAGUACGUUGUAUAGCAAAUUCUUUGAAUUAUAAUUAUUGCGAAGAUAGCAAUAAUAAAAUGCCUGAUGUACAAGAAAAUUCGAUUCAAUCGCUGACAGUAUCAGAAAGCUCCAUCGAUCUUGAAGAUUGGAUCGUUUUUGGAGACGACGAAUUGAAUGAAACAUGUAAUAAACAAAGAAUGAAAACAUCCUCUCCUACCGAAACACAUUAUACACCUAUCUUCAAUUCUUCGAUGAGGAACAACUAUAAUCCUUGCAAGGAUUCCAACAGCGAUGCCAAAAUUGCUUCCAUUCGAUUGCGAUCAUUAUCAGAAAGUUCCACCAAUUCUGAAGACAGUAAUUAUGUUUCUAUAACUUUAGACGAGGGAGAAGCAACGGAAAGACCGAGAAUGCGUUACGAUUGUUUAACGAAGAUGAAUGACGAACGCCGCAAGGAUUAUAAUAGACAAAUACAGAAGAAUUUGUUUCAACAUCGCCGAUUGCCGUCAGACAGUUCUGAAUGUUCUGAUGACUUUAUUAGUUUCGAAAAUACGGAUUCUAAUAAUUCUGAAAAUACUUAUACUUCUACCAGUUCCUUUGGUACUGAAGAAGUCGAUGGCUGUGUUGAGACGAACUUACACGAUGGAGACAACCAACUAGAUGACUCGAUCAUCUUUACUGAUGAAAAUGGUGAAAAAUUAAGAAACAAACAAACAAAGAAGGUGAGCUUCGACCCAACUCCAGUCGUACAUGUCAUGGUGACGUGGAAUUAUGCAUACCGUGCAGCUCGAAGAGGUCCUUGGGAAGAAAUAGCACGGGACAACGAAAGAUUUAGAGGACGUAUAAAGUCUAUCGCGAUUGUUCUUGAUCCAAUUUUGAAAAGCAAACAUCGCUCGCAAGUUUGGCAGGAACGAUUCGCUUUUCCGGAAUAAUUUUAACCCAAUUUAUAAUUAAUAUUUUUUUAAAUAUACGAGAUGGCGGAAUUAGUACAAAUAAAA